GCCUGCUGGACGUGGAAGGGUGGCAGCGCGGUGCCAUCCCCCUGUCGGUGUUUUGGGGCUACGCCAGAAAGAUCCGCGUGCUGCCUCUGCUGCUCUUUGCCGCCCUCUUCCUCGCCGCACACGUCUCCAACGCCCUCGUCAGCUGGUUCCUGGGCCUGUGGACAGAGGCGCCGGAAACCACACCGCACCCACUGGUCACGCUGGCAGCCAUCGCCCUGUCCUGUGUGGCCCUCUCCCUCCUCUCCUCGCUGCUCAUCCACUUCGCCGCGCUGCGCGCCUCCUCCCGCAUGCACUCACUUAUGCUUUCGUCCGUGCUCGCCUCGCCGCUGGCCUUCUUCCACCGCAACCCCACGGGCCGCGUGCUGAACCGGUUCAGUGAGGACCUCGGGGUUACCGAUGAUGUGCUGCCCCAGCUGCUGCUGGAUUUUCUGAAUGGCCUCCCAACCAUCCGAGCCUUUUCCCAGCAGCGCCGCUUCCACCGCCUCUUCCUGCGCCACGUCACCGCCAAUGCCACCCCGCACCUAUUCUGGAUCGCCACGUGGGAGUGGCUGGGCUUCCGAUUGGACCUCCUCGUUGCCGCCGCCCUGCUCUCCGCCGCCCUCGCCGCCGUGGCCCUGCGCCACUCGCUGCCGCCCGCCAUGGCCGCACUGGCUUUGUCUUAUCUGCUGCAGCUGCCGGACUCCCUGCGGUGGGCGCUGCAGUAUGGUGUGGAGCUCGAGAACACGUACGGCGUUGAGCUGGAGAACACGGUGAGGGGAGGUUGGUUGGUUGGAGGGGGUGCGGGGAAAGUGAGGGACAGAAAGGCUGCCAGACUCGUUAUGGUGGGCGCUGCAUUCACGAGUGUUGAGCGCACACUCGAGUACACCACGCUGCCAGGGGAAGAGCCUACACCUGCCAAAAGUAAAUCCAAGCAUCAGCAGCACAACAAGUGGCAGCAGCUGCAGCAGCAGCAACGACAACAGCAGCAGCAGCAGCAGCAGCAGCAGGAAGGCCCCACCACCAAAUCCUCCGUACCCAGCUUGCUGUUCGGAGCACUGCAAACAGCAAUCAGGCGCCUGUCCUUUAAGAUGGACAACAUCAUCAAGCCACUAUUCUCUCGCAAUCCGCCCUUCACCCACUGCCAAGCCACUGAUGCAGCACCAAACAGCAAGGAGGAGGAGGAGAGGAACAGCAGAAGCGCCGUUUGCCCCUCGUGGCCGUCAGCAGGGGCAGUGCGAGUGGAGCAGCUGACAGUGCGGUAUGGCAGUUCAGGGCUGGCAGUGCUGCGCAGCUUGAGCUUUCAGCUCGCAGGGGGAGAGAAGUGCGGUGUGGUGGGGCGAACAGGAAAAUCCACCCUCAUGCUCGCGCUGCUGCGGUUGGUGGAAGCGUCUUCGGGGAGCAUUCACAUCGAUGGUGUGGACAUUGCAUCGCUGCCCCUCGCCACCCUGCGAAGCAAGGUGGGCUUCUGCCGCGCCUUAGAAGCUGACUUGCAGCACAGUGACGAGGCCCUGUGGUCGGUGCUGGCAACGGUGCACCUAAAGCCGCUGGUGGCGGGGCUGCUGGGGGGGUUAGAGGGUGCCCUGGCUCAGGGCGGGGGGAACCUCUCCCUGGGGCAGAGGCAACUGCUCUGCCUCGCAAGAGCGUUGCUGGCAUCAACACGCGUGUUGCUGAUGGAUGAAGCGACAGCGAGCAUGGAUGGGGAGAGCGAUGCAGCGAUCAAAUCCAUCCUGCGGGAGUCAUUCAAGCACAGCACCGUCAUCACCAUUGCACACCGGCUCUCCACGGUUCUUGAUUACGACCAGGCAAGUCAGAAGAGUGUUGAAUGUGCCCCUUGCUCACGUCCAUGUAUGUGUGUGCGCACACCCAUCAUGCCCACGUCUGUGAGUGCAUGUGCGCACACCUUCGUGCCAACGUCUGUGAGUGCAUGUGCGCACACCUUCAUGCCAACGUCUGUGAGUGCAUGUGUGCACACCUUCAUGCCAACGUCUGUGAGUGCAUGUGCGCACACCUUCAUGCCAACGUCUGUGAGUGCAUGUGCGCACACCUUCGUGCCAACACCCUACGCACGCACACCCCACGCCUCCUUACGCGUGUCCUCCCUUGCUGAAGCCGGAACCUUCAUCUUCGUGGUGAAGGCCAGUUCAUCGCCUUCGAUCGACUCGCAUGACUCAUCACUCUCAGACCGCUUCAAGUCCGACUUCUCCGACUCUCUCACGAUCAGCCGCUUGAUGAACGGCGGGAAGAACGGCCAUAGUCGUUGCCGGAGCUCGGGCAGCCGCCAAUCGUCGCACGUGACUACCCCGCGGCAGAUCGACGCGCCGCAGUGGCAACUGAAAUUAUCGCUGCUGGUGCGGACGACGCCUGCGUUCGCGCUACCGUAG